ACCUCUGCGCUGCGUGCUGGGAGGGUGGGUCUGCCUCUGCGUGGGCAGCGAGCUUGUCUGCGCGGCGCGAGCGAGUUUGCGCCCCUUGCGCGAGUCGUGAGUUUGCGGCUGCGCUGAAGCGUGAGUAAGUACUCUCUGCGUGGGUGAUGUGUUUGCCUCGUUGGCGUGGGUGACUGGCUACAACGUACUCGAGCGAGGCGGGGAGCCUCGUCGGCCUCUGUCUGCGUUCGCUGCGCGGGCGGGUCUCGUCUGCGUUCGCCGCGCGAUCGAGUCUCGUCUGCGCUCGCUGCGCGGUCGAGUCUGCUCUGCGCCAGCGCCAAGCUUGCGCUGCGCGAGCGUGUGCGCGCUUGCUUUAAGUGGUUCGCUGAGCUUGGGCAGCGGGGUCUGCCUCUCUGUGUCGCGCCACGAGUGUGCGCAGGCUUUGCUCUUGGUUGUUCGUUGGUAGUUGUUGCGUGUUCGCUUCUUUUUGUGUAUUGUUAGGCUGUAGCCCGCGGCGGCGCGCGGGCCUUGGCUUGCGUGUCAGUGCUACGCGGCCGGACGGGUCCGGCGGGUCUGGUCUUUGUUUGUCUCGGGUCCUCCCGCCUGGGCAGCUGCAGCCAGUAGCGGCCGGGGCGCCCAUGUAGCGUCGCGCGCUGGCAUGGCUGACCCCUUGCUUGGCUGCUCCCUCCCAGCACGGGGCGAUAAGUCUGCG